GCCUAAGGCAAAGGCACAGCCAGACCUCCUCUAUAGAUAGUAACACAAUUCAUCUUUUUGUUCUUCCAUCCCCAAUCCUGAAAAGGCACAACAUGAUCAAUUUCAAGGAAAUGGCCGCUCCCCAAUCCGUAUCCGCCGUCUUCUCCGCCUACGCCUCCUUCGCCACCACCAUGAUGCUCAUCCGUUCCCUCACCAACGAACUCCUUCCUGCCAAAUUCAUUUCCCUUCUCUCUUCAAUUUAUGUCUACUUUUUCGGAUCCCUUUCUUCUCAGACUAAGUUUGUUAUCGACGAGAGUUCUGGGCUCUCCCCGAAUGAAGUCUUUCAGGCCGCCGAUAUUUAUCUCCGUACCAUAAUCAGCCCUUCUACGGACAUUCUCAAGGUCCACAAAACUGCCCGCCAGCAAAAUAUCACGCUUUCCAUCUAUAAGGACCAAGAAAUCUCCGAUUACUUCCAAAACAUUCACCUCCAGUGGCAAUUGGUUUGUUCCAAUGAUUCACACGAUACAACGACAGAGAAACGCCACUUUGAGCUUUCGUUCCCCAAGAAAUUCAGAGAGAGAGUUGUUGAUUUCUAUUUGCCUUAUGUGUUGAAGACAGCCAAGGAGGUUGAAGAGAAGAACAAAGUUGUGAAGAUCUUUAGCCAAGAAUGUAAUGAUUAUGAUGACUAUGCGGGCGCGGCAACUUGGGGAUCUGUGAAUCUGGAUCAUCCGUCAACAUUCGAUACGCUGGCCGUGGACCCUGAGUUGAAGCAAUGGAUAAUCGACGAUUUGGAUAGGUUCGUUAGAAGGAGAGAUUUCUAUAGAAAGGUGGGGAAGGCUUGGAAGAGGGGAUAUUUGUUGUAUGGUCCUCCUGGUACGGGAAAAUCAAGCUUAAUUGCCGCCAUGGCUAACUACCUUAAGUUUAACAUUUACGAUUUGGAUCUCACCACCAUCUAUAGCAAUAGCGAUCUCAGGAGGAAUCUGUUAGCCACCAGGAAUCGAUCAAUCUUAGUGAUUGAGGAUAUAGAUUGCAGUGUGGAAAUACAGAAUCGAGACAGUGGUGAAGAAUAUGGUGGAUACAAUAACAAGUUUACGUUGUCGGGGAUGCUUAAUUUCAUUGACGGAUUAUGGUCAAGUGUUGGAGACGAAAGAAUCAUAAUCUUUACAACGAACCACAAGGAGAAAUUGGAUCCAGCAUUGCUGCGGCCGGGUCGUAUGGAUGUGCAUAUACACAUGUCGUACUGUAGCCGUAAAGGGUUGAAAGUGCUGGCGUCGAAUUACCUUGGGGAGGAAGCAACUGAGCAUGAUGUGUACAGAGAAAUAGAAGAGUUGAUAGGAGAUAUGGAAGUAUCACCGGCAGAAAUAGCGGAAGAACUAAUGAAAGGGGAGGAGACGGAGGCGGUUCUUGGAGGUCUGUUGAAUUUCCUGAAACAUAAAAGGGAAGAAAAGAGGAAGGAAAAAGAUGAGAAGGAAGAAGAAGAAGAAGAAGAAGAAGAAGAGAAUGUGGAGAAAAUGGUAACUGAGAAAUAGAAAGGGGAAAGAAAUUAGGGUAUGGAUAAAGAGGAGGGCGGGGCGCGGGGCGUGGCGUGGCGUGGGAGGUUGAGUCGAGUGGGUCCGAGCUGAGUGCGAAAAUUGAAAUGAAGAAGAAGAGGGAAUGGGUAGAGAUCCAACGUAACGUAAAUUAAAGUUGCUGAGUUCAAAUAUGCAAACAAUAGUUUCCUAUCAUAUAAAAUAUUUUCAUUUAAAUUAA